CUGGUUGAGAUCUGGCUACGGGAAAAAAGUUUUGAGAGGAAAGUACCCCAUAGUUGACAAAAUACUCGGACUUCGCACUCAAUGCCAAAAUAGAGAGUUUGGAGGCACACCAGGCCUUCGUGAUUUCACAGUUCAAGCGUUCGAACUUCUUGGAAGAUUGGAAAUAAAACACACUUUUCAUCUCCAGAGAGCAAAAACUGUCCUUUUCGAAAAGGUAAUUUCCGGGGAGUGAGAAACUUUCUGUUACAAGGAGCAACUGAUGAGAGCUGCGCUGUGCUUGUUUCCUCUACUCACCGUAAGAACUGGCUGUUGCUGCCCUGCGGCGGAACAUUCUCCAAUGGUUGGGGGCUUUUGGAGUUUUGGCAGCUCGAUUUAAAAAAAAAAGAUUCACUUGUCCUCAGAAUGGUUUGUAGAGCUGAUAAUGUAGGAAUAAUCAACAGGCUUUCAUUAAAACAUUACUUACUGUUAUGAAUCUCAUGUGAGCUGUCGAUGAGGAAACUUGUACAGGGCACAAGUUACACUUUAGAGUAGGCCUAAUUGUUUAUUUUCUAUAGGGGUAGUGUUCAGUAUGAUCUAUUACUUAUUCAACCGGCUGGAUAUUCUAAACAAGAUGACCAAGAUGCUUCAACAUACCCGAUGUCGUUGAAAAGAAGUUGAGAGCUGCUAUUCUAAAUAAUAUAUGUCGGUCAACUUUGCAUCUUUACCCCGUCAAGAAUCCGUCAAGAAGACAUAAAGCUAGCCAAUGUCUGCCUGCAGCAGUUCGUCCCUUCCACCCUUACCUAGACUUUACCCCCUCUCUGUGGCCCCCCACCCAGUGGCCCCACCGACUCCCUCGCCGUCUCCAAGCCCGCCGGCAACACUCUACGGUCGGCUGUCAAAUGGGAGUCUCAGCGCCCCGAGCCCCACCAACUCCCAGUGCUCUUUCCACGGGGUGUCUUUUCUCCUCCAGAUCGGACUCACCAGGGAAACGGUGAACUUGGAUGCCAGCGAUCUGUCCGGGCUAUCUGCGGUGAAGGAGCUUGUAUGUUCAAUAGUGGAUCAAAAGUUCCCGGAGUGUGGAUUCUUUGGCAUGUACGACAAGAUCCUUCUGUUCCGUCAUGACCUGACCUCGGAGAACAUCUUGCAGAGGCUGACGUCAGUGGAGGACAUCCAUGAGGGAGACCUGAUCGAGGUGGUCCUCUCCGCUCUGGCCACUGUUGAGGACUUCCAGAUCCGUCCCCAUGCCUUGUAUGUGCACUCCUACAAGGCCCCGGCCUUCUGUGAUGAUUGUGGGGAGAUGCUGUGGGGCCUGGUCCGACAGGGCCUCAAAUGUGAAGGAUGUGGGCUGAACUACCACAAGCGCUGUGCCUUUAAGAUCCCUAACAACUGCAGCGGGGUGAGGAAGAGACGGCUGUCCAACGUGUCCCUGCCUGGAGCCGUGCUGUCAGUCCCCCGCCCAGCUCCCAUUGAACAUGUCCCUACACCCCAGGAAGAGCAGCGCCCUCUCCUGGGGGCAGGGAAGAAUAACAGCCUGUUAAGCGGCAGACCUAUCUGGAUGGAGAAGAUGGUGCUGGGACGGGUCAAGGUGCCGCACACCUUCUCAGUGCACACCUACACCAGACCAACCAUCUGCCAGUACUGCAAACGCCUGCUCAAGGGCCUGUUCCGUCAGGGCAUGCAGUGCAAAGAUUGUAAAUUUAACUGCCAUAAGAGAUGUGCAGCCAAGAUACCAAGAGACUGCCUUGGUGAGGUUUCCUUUAAUGGAGAACCAGCCAGCCCAGGCCCUGACUCUGAGGCCACCAUGGAGGUGGACAACAGUUAUGUGAACAGUGAGGGCAGCCAGAGCAUGGAUGACCCAGAGGAGCCUUCCACCCCAGACGAUAAGUUCUACAUAGAGGGGCCCUGUCUGGAUGGGGACAAGGACGAGGAGACAGUCAAGGCUAUCAGCCCCAUGACAAGCAGUUUCAUCCCCCUAAUGCGGGUGGUUCAGUCCAUAAAACAAACCAAGCGGAAGAGCUCAACCAUGGUUCGGGAGGGGUGGAUGGUCCACUACACCAGCAGAGACAACAUGAGGAAGAGGCAUUACUGGAGGCUGGAUAGCAAGUGUCUGACCCUUCUGCAGAACGAAACGGGAUCCAAGUAUUACAAGGAGAUCCCGCUGUCAGAGAUCCUACAGGUGGAGCAGGCGCAGGAAUUCCAAAGCCUGGCCCAGGGCAGCAACCCUCACUGCUUCGAGAUCAUCACCGCCACGAUGGUCUACUACGUUGGGGAGAAUAACAGCGGUCACUUCCAUAACCCUGCCUUGGCCGCCACCGGCGUGGGGCUAGAGGUGGCCCAGGGCUGGGAGAAGGCCAUCCGGCAGGCACUGAUGCCUGUCACUCCCCAACCCAGUGUCUGCACUGGCCCUGGACAGGGCAAAGAUCACAAGGACCUUUCGAUCAGCAUAUCAGUGUCUAACUCACAGAUCACAGAGAAUGUGGAUAUCAGUUCAGUCUACCAGAUCUUUGCUGAUGAGGUCCUGGGGUCGGGUCAGUUUGGGAUUGUGUAUGGAGGUAAACACAGAAAGACUGGGAGAGACGUGGCCAUCAAAAUCAUCGACAAGUUGAGGUUCCCUACCAAGCAGGAGAGCCAGCUGAGGAACGAGGUGGCCAUUCUCCAGAACCUUCACCAUCCUGGGAUCGUCAACCUGGAGUGCAUGUUCGAGACUCCCGAGAGGGUCUUUGUUGUCAUGGAGAAGCUCCAUGGCGACAUGCUGGAGAUGAUCUUGUCCAGUGAGAAGAGCAAGCUCCCUGAGCGUCUCACCAAGUUCCUAGUCACGCAGAUCCUGGUGGCUUUGAGGCAUCUCCAUUUUAAGAACAUCGUCCACUGUGACCUGAAGCCUGAGAAUGUGCUGCUGGCUUCCGCAGAGCCCUUCCCUCAGGUGAAGCUUUGUGACUUUGGCUUUGCUCGCAUUAUUGGCGAGAAGUCGUUCAGGCGCUCUGUGGUGGGCACACCCGCCUACCUGGCGCCCGAGGUCCUACGAAGUAAAGGCUACAACCGUUCCCUGGACAUGUGGUCGGUGGGUGUGAUCGUUUACGUCAGCCUUAGCGGAACCUUCCCCUUCAACGAGGACGAAGACAUCAAUGACCAGAUCCAGAACGCUGCCUUCAUGUACCCUCCCAACCCCUGGAAGGAGAUUUCUGGAGAGGCCACAGACCUGAUUAACAACCUCCUCCAGGUGAAGAUGAGGAAGCGCUACAGUGUGGACAAGUCUCUCAGUCACCCCUGGCUCCAGGAUUAUCAGACGUGGCUGGACCUCCGAGAGUUUGAGACACGCCGAGGAGAGCGCUACAUCACCCACGAGAGCGACGACACCCGCUGGGAGGAGUUUGCGGACGAGAGAAGCCUGCACUACCCCAAGCACUUCAUCAUGGCUCCCAAUCUGGACGACAUGGAGGAGGACCCCUAGUGGCCGGGAGGACUGCCUGCAGGCUGCACGUGUUUCAGGAGGAGUUCACAGGGCAUCCUGGGACUCGGAGUCCCAUGGCUAGUGCUUAGGUCCCUGAAACCUGCUACUGCUGGCUGAGACUGUAAGCUUAAACAGGCGGAGAUGCAUGUAUAGCCUACAUGUAUGUGCAUAAAGGUGUAAUCAGGCACUACCACAUGGAACAGACUGGGGGCGCUGCAGUGGACAGGCAGCUGUGUG